AGACAGACUCAAACACAGACCAGAUCUUAUCUGCUUCGUAUUAUUUAUUUUCGUAACCAAACAACGUAAUUCUGGUUACAGUGAAAAAAUAAUUGCACGACCCACAAGGAAGGGAAGAAAGUUUGGUGCUUUUAGGCAUACCCAAGUACCCCUCUAGCUGCACGUCCAAGACUCAGAAGUUGAAAGAGAGGAGAGAAGAGUUUGAUCAAAUUCAGGUUCAAAAGGGUCAAUUGUGGCACCAAGUUUCUCACAUAUAAUCAUGUUGACCAAGUUUGGAAGAUGGGUCUCUUUGGUUCCCAAGAGGGGAUUUUCCACCUCCACCAGCUUUCAAAAGGGUGCUUCUGAGGAAGGAGUGAAAUCAAUGAACCUGUGUUCUGCAAUCAAUCAGGCUCUCCACAUUGCCUUGGACACUGAUCCACGUUCUUACGUUUUUGGAGAGGAUGUAAGCUUUGGUGGGGUUUUCCGUUGCACAAAUGGAUUAGCAGACCAAUUUGGUAAAAAGAGGGUUUUCAAUACUCCUCUCUGUGAGCAGGGUAUCGUUGGUUUUGGCAUUGGUCUAGCAGCUAUGGGAAAUCAAGCCAUAGCAGAAAUCCAGUUUGCAGAUUACAUUUUCCCUGCCUUCGAUCAGAUUGUCAAUGAAGCUGCUAAAUUCAGAUACCGGAGUGGGAACCAAUUUAAUUGUGGUGGUUUAACAAUUAGAACCCCUUAUGGAGCUGUGGGCCAUGGUGGGCAUUAUCACUCUCAGUCCCCUGAGGCUUUCUUCUGUCAUGUUCCUGGUAUCAAAGUGGUCAUCCCUCGAAGUCCAAGACAAGCAAAAGGGUUAUUACUAUCUUGCAUCCGAGAUCCAAAUCCUAUAGUAUUUUUUGAACCAAAGUGGCUUUAUCGUUUGGCUGUUGAAGAAGUACCGGAGGAUGAUUACAUGUUGCCUUUAUCUGAGGCUGAGGUGAUUCGGCAAGGAAGUGAUAUAACACUUGUUGGAUGGGGAGCUCAAUUAUCUACAAUGGAACAAGCUUGUCUUGAUGCUGAAAAAGAGGGAAUUUCUUGUGAACUGAUUGAUCUGAAGACACUAAUUCCUUGGGAUAAGGAGACAGUAGAGGCCUCAGUUAAGAAGACAGGAAGAUUGCUUGUUAGUCAUGAAGCUCCUAUAACUGGAGGUUUUGGUGCUGAAAUUUCAGCUUCCAUUGUUGAACGCUGCUUCUCAAGGUUAGAGGCACCUGUGGCAAGAGUUUGUGGUCUGGACACUCCUUUUCCUUUGGUUUUUGAACCUUUCUACAUGCCAACCAAAAACAAGAUAUUGGAUGCAAUUAAAUCAACUGUGAACUACUAAUAGCUUACUCACCAUUUUUUGGCCAUGAAUAUGAUCUUGAUGCCAUCAUCAAAGUAAUUGUGGUCAUGACUAUUGAAGGGACUCCCAUUAGUAAAUAAAUCUUCUAUGAUAGAUGGAUGUUUUAAUUGUCAAGUUGAUGACUCAAAUAAAACACUCGUAGAGGUGGGGGGCAAGAGUCAAUGUGUGGAAUUUGACAAUGUCAUUAAAUGUAUUGUCUCAUUUAAAAAUUCACAUGAUCAAACACCAAAUAAUACAACUGGUGACAAACUUACAGUUAGUGUUCAUUGAUGGUUGGAUGUGUACUUGAAUAAUGGAUGCGCUCAAUAUUUUUUGGCCCUUUGUUAUGUGGAAAUUUGAUAUUUUUGGUUUA